UAUUGGAUUCCACUUGUCAUUAUUUUUCAUUUUGGGUUUAUGCAUAGCGGGUGAAACGGCGCCAUCUCUUGGUGGUUAGCCGCGAUAAGGGUAGUGGACACAGGAACCUCGUUGCCAGUGUAUGGGAGAAGAGCACGAGGUGGGUUCGCUGAUAUUAGCACUGUGGAAAAUGUUGUGUAUUAUUGCUGUAUGUUCAUAUAUGAUCACUGGCUAACUGUAAUAUGUACUUAUAGCAACCAGGACACUAAUGAGUUGCAUAUUGUACCUUUGAUGAGAUUAAUAACAUUAUAACACACAGUUGGAAAAGUUCGCUAGCCUGAUGUUAAUGGAAAAUGCCAUUCCUUGUAAGGUGCUGUACCCGAUGAUGAGCCCAUGAUUCUGACCAGUACAUGUUCCGUUUCAUGCAGGCAGAUAAAGUCAGCAUUCAUCUCAUCCUGUCUCCUGAUUGUCAUUGAACACAACGCAGACACAAACUAUACGACGAAUGGAAACACAGAACUGGGUUAUGAUUAUUUGGACCGAGCUGAAUUAAUACACGGCCAAGUUCAGCACGGUUACACUGGUGCCGUGACCCGUUCUUCAGCUGCGUCGGCGCGGGCUGAGUCUACUUCCCGGAGCGCUCGCAUCGGAGUACCGGGGCUGCGUCUACUUCCUGGAGCCGCUCGCUUCGGAAGUGCCUCAGAUUCGGGACAGCUGUGUGGACUCUUUACCGCUUUGGCGGUGUGGCGGUAAUUUGUUUAGUAAAUGCAAAGCUAUUUUUAACCCUUUGUACCGUUGUUUGGAGCUGUUUGUGGUUUUAUGAGUGGCAGCACUGUCGCCAUUGACCGCAAAUUUUUUUUGCUCUCUCUACCUCAGUGAAGGAGGGGCGUUUUGAGACGCAACUAUUUUGAGUGUAUUUAUUUUGUGGAUGAUUUCUGUUGCCCUGUUCUACUUUGUUGACCUGAUGGGGAUGCUUUUGUUCCCCUGUAUUUGAGUUGUAUGUGCUUUAUUUUUUUGUUAUUUUUGACUGUUUUUUGCUGUUGUUGGUAAAGUGUUGAGUAUGGCAGGCAAUUUUUUUGGUAGGGGGAGAGGGUUUACCCCUAUGCCUGCAGCUGCUAGAGGGAGAGGUGUGCUUUUGUACACUCCAGAUUCAUCCUCACCAAUACCAAGUUAUGCAGGUUUGGGUGGAAAUGUUAAUGACACUUUUGAUGCACCACAAAGUGAUGUUAAUGAUAAACGUUUGGGUGAUAUAGCUUCACAGAUUGGAAUUUCUAUUGGUGAAAGUAUUGCAUCUUGCAUUGAAACCCGCCUUAAUAAUACACUGUGUUCAGGAGUAGUUGGGGGUACAGCUAAUGAGUCUGCAAUGUUAAAUGUCAUUGUUCGCCCUGAUGUUAAAGAACCUGUGAGUUUUACAGGGGAUCAUGACUCAUGUUCAGUCCAAGAGUGGGAAGUCAUGAUGUUAUCCUAUUUGAAAAAGAAGGGCAUCCCUGUGGCUGAACAAGCUGAUGAAGUAGUAUCUAAGCUUGUGGGGAGGGCACAUGAAGUGGUUAAAGUGGGCAUACGCAGUAAGCCAGUUUUGAAUCUGCGUGAAGGACCUGAGCCCAUUUUUGAGUUACUGAAGCAACACUUUAGUGAUACUAUGUCCUACAGCUUGCCCUUAGCUGAUUUUUAUGCUACUGUGCCCCAUCCUGACGAGCACCCCUUUGACUAUUGGCUGAGACUUAAUAAAGCUCUGGAUGUGACAGAGGACUCUCUAAAGAGACAAAAUAAGGCUUUUGACUAUCUGUCACGUGACCUAGCUGCCAUGUUCAUCCAGAACUGUCCUGAUCCUGAACUGUCGCUCAUAUUCAAGUGUAGACAGCUGAAAGAAUGGACAGUUGCAGAAAUUCACGAGAAGCUCGUUGAACACUGCAGAGCUCGCAAGCGACUAUCCAAACACAGUGUGACCAAUGUUUUGCCUUCUCAGCAACAGGAGGUCACCACUUCUAUGCAACGUGCGACACUCACAAGUGCGAUUGUGCCUGCGGCUGCUGUUGUGUCGCCACCUGCUGGACAGGCAGCCGAGAGCUCCCCGGACCGCCUGGACCAGGUCAUCACUCUGCUCGAACGUGUUCUGGAGCAGCAGCCACAACAGUACAGGUUUCAAAGUAAGUUCAAUGUGCGCACACAGAGAGACCAACCAAUGAAAGUAAAGCCCGUAGUACCGUGUGCGGUAUGCAGCGAUGAUGGACACACUACUCAGUACCACUGCAGGUCAAACCGUCUGUGCUUUAACUGUUUUGCGCCUGACCAUGUGCGAGUGGAGUGUCCGGGGGCCGUGGUGAGGAAAGCUAGAGGCGCUAAGCAGGGGGCGCAACCACAGGAAAACUGAGUGGCCUGCAUGUGGUGGGGGCAAGUGUUGGGCCUAAAAGUGAUCCCCCUGUUGCAAAUGUUGAUGAUGACAUGGAGUCUGUAUGCCAAAGUGUGUGCGAAGUGAGAGAGAUGGGAUACACACCUAUAGUUCAAAACAUUCAGAGACUCAAACAACAUGACAAACUGUUUUAUGAAGAUGUGACACUGGGAGGAGAGGUUACGGUCAGAGCUUUGUUAGAUAGCGGAUCAAUGGCAUGCACCCUGAGCUCUGAUGUAAUACCUCGGCUGUUACAUCAGCAUGUGUUGAGGGGCCCCACCCUUGAGCCGACAGACACCGUGUUGAUUGGGUGUGGGGGUUCCAGAACCUUACCUGCUGGAAUGUGCGAUCUGGAGAUGGAACUUUACAGCUGCAAAGUGAUUGUUCCAACAUUGGUAGUUGAGAACCAGAAUGAAGAACUGAUUGUUGGCAGUAACCUGCUAAGAUAUAUUGUUGACAGGUUUAAGGUGAAGAGUGAUCUUCAGAACCAGGGCUCCACAGCACUAAGUGACAGUCGUGAUGUGGGGCAGAGGUUGUUAAGCUUGUUUUCAAGGAUGGAAAAUGGUGAUGAAGAUAUCCAAGAUGCGGUCGGAACUGCUAAAAUUAAACGAGCUGUUACACUUGAGCCCAUGACAGAGCACCUGAUUUGGGGCAAGCUGCCGC